CUCUGACUGGCUGUCGUGUUGCAGGAUCUCCACUCGGCCUGAAGGUGGCGUCGGCGCUGCGGACGAUUGAGGAGGCCCUGAACCAGUUCAGCCUGUCUGAGAUCUGCGUGGGGUUCAACGGGGGCAAAGACUGCACCGCCCUGCUGCACCUGUACCAUGCAGCGCUGCAGAGGAGGGCCCCGGACUGUAAGGAGAAGCUGCAGGCUCUGUACAUCCGAACCGUCUCUCCCUUCCCAGAGAUGGAGCGCUUCAUACAGGACACCAUCAAGAGGUAUGAUCUGCAGAUCUACACAGUGCAGGGCAGUAUUCGGGAGGCGCUCGGAGAUCUGCAAUCCCAGCAUCCUCAGCUGCAGGCCGUGCUCAUGGGGACGAGGAACACCGACCCUUACUCGCGAUCUCUGACCCCGCUGUGCCCGACUGACCCCGGCUGGCCAAAGUACAUGAGAGUCAACCCACUGCUGGACUGGUCCUAUCAUGAUAUCUGGGAGUUCCUGCGCACGCUGUACGUCCCAUACUGUAUCCUGUACGACAAGGGGUAA